CCCGGGGGGACCGGAGGAGCGGCAGGACCGGCGGCCCCGGGCGGGCGGGCGGACGAGCCCCGAAAAAUGUGCGAGGUUUCAAACCUCUCCAGGAGGCAAAAGUCACCUAAAGGGAACACGGAGAGACAGAAAAAGAUCUUUUCAAGCCCGGCUGGGGCUGGGAGGACAGCGGUGGGUGUCGGACAUGGGGACAGCAGUGUCGGGGCCGUGCUGGUGGCUCUUUUUCCCCGUGGMACAGCAGCACCUUCUGCUCACCCCGAGCUGCCAGCGACCUGCAGCGCUUGACUCUCCGCUGACCCCGGCGCCGCCGCUCGCCGAAGUCGCGCCCACYGUCACUCACCCCGCGCCGCGAGGAAAAAAAAAAAAAAGCUCUGAUUAUCCAAAUACAGUCAUUAAAGGGGAAAUGUGUUUUUAGGACUGUCAGAGUGAUUAAUGAGGGUUAGCAAUCCUUGCAAAUGCACUUGUUUAGUCUAACUGGCAGCCUCUCGGUCCCCAUUGAUUUAUGGUGGCAGUUGCCGGGGCCGCGGUGUGCGCGGAGGGAGCGGGGCUGUGCCGGGGCUGCCGGAGCACGGCGAGGGGCCCGGCCGAGCGGCACGGCACGCUCUGCUGUGCCGGAGGCAGCCCAACAAAGGCAACAUUAUCCCCUGUGCCGGGSAAGGAAUGACUUGGACGCACACGCUGAGCCGCUCCGCGUGCCUUAUAAAUAUCCCCGUCUGUAAAGCCCGAAGCCCAGCUGACCACAGCCGCGCUGUCCGCCCAAUAAAUACGUGAAUGAAAGAGCCAGGCCCUAUUUUUUUGUUUUUUUUCUUGUUGUUUUCCUUCCUCUCCUGCACAAAAAUGCCCGAUGUCUUUUAGGUGAUGCGGAGGUGGCUGCCCGCAGACGGACAAGGCGUUUCAGAGUCCGGAGCGGAGCGUCCUGGAGGGCUGGAGCCUGCCAAGGGGUCAGCUCGGGAUGCAGAGCCGUGCUGGGUGGAUGAGAAGUUCCUCAGCUGCAUAAAGCAGCUUUUUUUUCCACGUGAGCACGGGUGGAAGCCACGGAGAACACGGGCUGUGCUUGUCCUGGAAGGUGGAACGGCGUGGACACCUCCUGUGCCCAUCCCGGGGUCAGGGCUUUGCUUUGGGGGAUGCUGCAGGAGCUGAGAGCGGAGACAGAGGGACAGAGCUGUGCUGGGAGAUGAUGGCAGCGGAGUUGCUGUGCCAGGGCUGUCCUGGAGCUCUGCAGGACGGGAGCAGCCGGCGGUGAGCAGUGACGGGGAAUGUGGAGCUGCCCCGGGCUGGCACCGUGAGCACAGCCCUGGGCUGGAGCGUUCCUCCAGACACCCCGAGCACCGUGACAGCACCAGUGACACCAGCCUCUGGAGGAGAAGGGCAAAAACCUCAAGGCAGCAAAGCCACCAGAGUGUGGGCAAGUACCCGGGCCAGUUCAGUGGCCAGGAAUGCCGCAGGUGGGAGUGGACUCUCCUCUGGCUCUGGAUAGUGGCCGAAGGGCUGCUGCUGUCCCUGCCCUGGCCACGAAUCAGCGUGUGGAGCAAAUCCUCCAGCAGCAAAUCCUCCAGCAGCAAAUCCUCAUCAGCAAAUCCUCCAGCAGCAAAUCCUCCAGCAGCAAAUCCUCAUCAGCAGAUCCUCCAGCAGCAAAUCCUCAUCAGCAAAUCCUCCAGCAGCAAAUCCUCAUCAGCAAAUCCUCCAGCAGCAAAUCCUCCAGCAGCAAAUCCUCAUCAGCAGAUCCUCCAGCAGCAAAUCCUCAUCAGCAGAUCCUUCAGCAGCGCUGCACGGACCUUCCUCGCUGCUCCAGGACACCCGGCCUUGGCCGGACACCGGUGACCCCACGGGAAGUGCCCAGCGUCACUCCUGGCUGUGAUUUCCCUCGUCUGCAGUGUCUGAUCAGUGUGACAGUCCAGUCACCGGUGACCCCACGGGAAAUGCCCAGCGUCACUCAUGGCUGUGAUUUCCCUCGUCUGCAGUGUCUGAUCAGUGUGACAGUCCAGUCACCGGUGACCCCACGGGAGGUGCUCAGUGUCACUCAUGGCUGUGAUUUCCCUCGUCUGCAGUGUCUGAUCAGUGUGACAGUCCAGUCACCGGUGACCCCACGGGAGGUGCUCAGUGUCACUCAUGGCUGUGAUUUCCCUCGUCUGCAGUGUCUGAUCAGUGUGACAGUCCAGUCACCGGUGACCCCACGGGAGGUGCUCAGUGUCACUCAUGGCUGUGAUUUCCCUCGUCUGCAGUGUCUGAUCAGUGUGACAGUCCAGUCACCGGUGACCCCACUGGAAGUGCCCAGUGUCACUCCUGGCUGUGAUUUCCCUCGUCUGCAGUGUCUGAUCAGUGUGACAGCCCAGCCCAGAGUCCCUGGCAGGUGACAAAGCCCCGGUUCUGGGGCUGAGCCCGGCUCUGUGCUGGCCAUGGCCGUUCCCUGCAGGGCACAGGGUGACACUGGAGGUGGCAGUGACCCUGCUCGUGCCCGUUCACAGUUACCCCUCUGUUUGUUGUGAUGAGUGACUGGAGAGUGCUGCUUCCUUACCCCAAACAUCUCAGCUGAGCCUCGCUGGGAGCGCAGGGAAGGGACUCAGCUGACAGCUCCGAGCUCGAGGGAUGAUAACAAACUGAUUCACACGCACAGUUGGGUUUAAAGGCGUUUGUGGAAAUGUCCCGGAGCAGCUUUGCCGUGAGUCCAUCCCACCCUCCAGCCUGGCACRGGGAUGGGACCUGCGUGAGGAYGGUGCCUUUGCCRGAGGUGAC